AUGGUAGAAUCAGUUGACUUGGAUGGCCACGAGGCUGUCACCAAACCACUUUUAUUGGAUACUCUAGAAGCUGAAAAAAAUGCAGUUCCUGGUGCCACCUCAGAACUUCCUACAAAUCAUGAUGAUAACGCAGAGCAGAUCGAGCAGAUCGAAUUGGGAACAUUGAAAUCAGUGGAAGUACCUUUAACGGAUCAAAGGUUUGAUAUUGAAUCUAUAAAGUCAACCGAGGCCAUUUUGGAGACUACACAAGAUCAGUUGAACCAGCUGGGGGAAAUCGAAGGACAUCUGAUUAUCACUGAAGCAGAAAUCAAGCCAACAUUGGCUAAAUUCAUGGCCACAACGCAAACUGGGGAUUUGGACGCUGUGAAGGAGUUGGUAGAGUCAGGUGGCAUUGAGGAUGUCAAUGAAACAUUUUCUGACGGUAUCACCGCAUUGCAUUGGGCUUGUAUCAAUAACCGACUAUCCGUGGUGAAAUACCUUUGUCAGAAUGGAGCCGAUCCAAAUCAAUUAGGUGGAGAUUUGAAUGCCACCCCAUUGCACUGGGCAUGUCGUAAUGGUCUUGUUUAUAUUGCUGAGUAUUUAAUAAGUGAAGCAGGUGCCGAUCCUAGGUUACGCGAUGUUCAAGGUUACAACGCGUUGCAUUUAUCUAUCCAUUCACUGAAUAUCAUGUUGGUGCUCUAUAUGAUCUUAACAUGCUGCACUCCAAGAAAUGACAAGCAGCCACCAUUACAUAUUGACGAUCCCGAUGUUGCCAAUAGAACUUCGUUACAUUGGGCUGCUUACCAAGGUGAUAUUACUAGUGUGAAUUUGUUACUUAGAUUCGGUGCGGAUGUGAACAAGGUUGACGAUGCUCUUUUUUUGCCUAUCCAUUGGGCUUUCAUGAAGGGAUAUAAAAAUGUUUUGAAGACCUUGAUUGAGCAUGGUUCAGAUGUUUCAGCAAAGAACAACCAGGGUAAGGAUUGUUUUGAGAUUGCUAAAGAUAUGAAUAUUUACAAAAUGUGGAUAAAGGUACUUAAAGAAGCAAGAAGAGAUCCAAAAAAUAAUUGGGCUAACAAAGCUCCUCCAUCCAUAUUAACUCCAAAAAUUGGUAAAGUGAUCACAUUUCUUUCUCCUUAUGUCUUCUUGCCUGUUUCCUUCAAUAUAUUGGAUUUUAAUAAAGACUACCCAAUACCUCGUAUUUUUGCUGCUAUAUUUAGUUGUGUGGCAACUAUUUACUUGGUUCAAAAGUUCAUCAUUCCAAGCUACCUUAUUGAUGAUAGACCCUUGGCAAAAUCCCCAUUACUUUCAGGGAUCUUCUCUGGUACAGCCUUUUGGUGUAUUGUUGUUUUCUUGUACAACAUAAUUCCCAAGUUAAUACUUCUGAAGCAUAUAUUUGGUAUUUUUAUCCUUGCGUCCCUUAUUUCCAUCUUCACAUAUACAUUCUUCAAGUCAAUGUUUAUCAACCCCGGAUAUGUUGCAACACCCGCAGAUAAUAAGGUUAUUUACAAUCAAAUGAUGACAUUGAUUGCUUUAGGUAAGUUUGAUAUUGAUCAUUUCUGCAUUCACACCCUUGUCCGCAAACCCUUGAGAUCAAGAUACUCCAGAGCUACGAAAAGAUUAGUUGCUAGGUUUGACCAUUUCUGUCCCUGGAUUUAUAACGAGGUUGGAGUUCGUAAUCACAAGUUAUUUUUGAUUUUCGUUUACACGUUAGCUCUUGCAGUUAUCUAUUUCACCGUCCUUAGUUUCAAAAUGUUUGACAAGGAAGAAGACGGUUACGACAGCGAUGUAGAAGGUGAUCUUAAGUGUUGGUUACUUAAUGAACAAUUAUGUUUUGGGUAUAGCAAACAUCCAUUCCAUUUCAAUUUGAUGGUAUGGUGCUGGUUGCAGUUUAUUUGGAUAGUGUUCCUUUGUUUAGGACAAACAUUUCAAAUACUUAAGGGUUUAACUACUUGGGAGUUCAGCACUUUGGGCAGAAGAAUUCAGAUUCAUAAUCAUUCUACAUUGCCUUUGGACUUUGCUAGAGCUAUUGGAGGAUCUACGGCUAACUCUGGUUCUGGCUCUGACUCCCUUGUUGGGGCAACUUCAGAAUCAAUGACCGGAAAUUCAACACCAGAACCUCAAGAAUCAACGACCGGUGCUAUGUAUCAACGAAAUGAAUCGGACCUGCUUUUCAAGUUAUUGGGCUUGGAUCAAUUUUAUCUUACUUUCAAGAUUGUUCUUAUUCAAUUGAUUGAAAAGAUAAGUAGCAAACAUGGAAAUAACUCGUCACAUUUAGAAUACACAUCCUUAAGAUCCAUCAACAUCCCUACUGAUUUCGGUUUCAAGCAAAAUUGGUUGGAUUUUUGGUUUUUAGGUGAGAUCAAGUGGAGAAAUUUGUUUUACCUACCAAUACAAGGGGAAAACAACUUAAAUGGGAGGGUUGUGGAUUAUUACAAGUUGUACGAAUACCCUUCCAAAAACGCAGAGGUCGUUGUAUAG